UUUGGUUGUGACGCGUGCCGAGAUCCGUGCGUGCACGCAGCGAGGCUUCUCCCGAAAAAGGAAAUAUUUUUCCGGUUUGGCGAAGGUCUAGCCAGUGUAUCGUCUUCUAAAGUGUCCAGAGCAAGCUCUGCGGUAUGAGCUACGGACGGCCGCCGCCCCGGAUCGACGGGAUGGUGUCGUUAAAGGUCGACAAUCUGACCUACAGAACGACACCGGAGGAUCUGCGACGGGUCUUCGAGCGCUGCGGGGAGGUCGGCGACAUUUAUAUACCCCGCGACCGCUUUACUCGCGAGAGCCGAGGCUUUGCAUUCGUCAGAUUCUAUGACAAGCGCGAUGCCGAAGAUGCGCUCGACGCUAUGGAUGGAAGGUUGCUGGACGGCAGGGAGCUGAGAGUACAGAUGGCACGGUAUGGAAGACCCACUUCCCCUCAUCGUAGCCGUGGAAGCCGACGCCGUGGACGAUCACGCAGCCGCAGCAGGGAUCGACGACGCACACGUUCCAGAUCACGAUCCAGGUCACGAAGUCACGAGAGGGACCGCAGGCGUUCUUACAGCCGCAGUCGCAGUCGUUCACGUUCUGACAGUAAGAGCUCGAGAGGCAAGUCUCGCUCUCGCAGCAAGUCUCAGGAAAGGCAGAAGGACAGUCGUUCUAAAUCAAGGGACUGAGACUAGGUGGUGACUGCGAAGAGAAGCCUGUAAAUCAACGCGCACCUGCCCGAGUUGCGAAAGCAGAAUGUCGUUCUCGUGUGAAAAAGGUAUUCCGCUCUUCUGCUAUAAUAUUAAAGACCAUACUUUAGUACGUUCACAUCCGACUGUCGUCCAAGUAUGUAGGCUAGGGUGACGCGUUGUUCUGGGUUCGGCUCGCGAAUCCAAUUUCAUUUUGAAUAACGAUUUACGUUUACUCUGCGAACGUUACGUGACGCUUUCUUAUUUUUUUUUUCUUUUUUUCUAUCCACUUUCCAAUUUGCAUCGACCAACGAAGUGCCCCAUUCGACGAGCGUAAACUGUGCGUCACACAUCGCCUUUCCACUUUGAGAAGCUUACUUGCCCUUAAGGCGAUCGAAAUUAAAUUAAUAACCCGUUGACUUGCUACGAACUCUUAUUACUCAUCAGAGAAUUUCAAUAACUAGAAUUUGAGAGUCGGGGCUAACUUGAAAUUGGCAUAGAGUUUUAUGCAAUUGUAAUUAACACAAGCAGUUGUAUUGUCCUAAGUGAAUUUUCCUAGACAAGAUCCAUUGAUUGACGGUAACUCUAGGUAUGGAAUCCUACCGUAUGAAAUUUUGAAAAUGGAUCGAGUUAAGCAACUAUGGUCAUUCGGACAAUUUUCUCUUUAGAAUGUUUCUCGGUUCUGACCUGUUUGGUGACAGCUGAUCCAUGUCACGACUACUGCUUAAUAAUGUCAGGAUGAUUUAUGAUUUUAAAGAAAUUUAAACUGUUAAUGAACUGACGAGCACUAUUCGGGAGUAGGCAUUUUAGAAAUAAUACAGAUUCUGUGAGAGACAAUGUGUGACGCCUUCGGUGCACCCUGUAAAACGUGUAACGGUCACGAGGAGGCACUUUGGCCCCCGGUGUGCCUCGCUGCGCAGGUUCUAUCGUCACUUGUUUAUUUCUAUUAAGCUUUUCGCAGCCACGAGCAACCCCCUUAAACUAGACUCGUAUUAUGUAACGAACCCUAGACAUAAGUUACGUGCUUCUGUAACGGCAUUUGCAGGUUCACUUGUGUGUAAGUUUUCCAAUUAAAAAUAAAGUGUAACAACGUAUUGCGGCAGCCAUGAACGCUUAGAGAGAAACGAAAAGAUAUGAUAACGAAUACUAGGGGAAAACCACUCGAUGGCGGUUCGCGUUACGUACAACCGUGGUACUUAGCAUUAAAUUCUGUGUCUACGAAUUUCUCUCUUGGGAAUCGAUUGGCUCAAAAUUGGAUUAGCUAUUAAAAUGUCACCGAGAGAUUUCUGAACACCACCACAAAGUGUCCUCUCUCUGUUAAGAUAACUACUGAAAAUUCUGUCAAAAUAUUGGAGUGCAAUAAAAGAAACUUGUGUAAUUGUUCAAGUUCAAUUGGUUACACCGAGACGAUACGUCUUGUUGACUAGGAAAGUGGUCUUUAGAAAUGUCUUGUCCUUGCUAAUGUCGGAAUAUCCAGGACACAAGAGUGUCCACGUGACAGAUAUAUGCCGUAUUCAACUGCAUGUGCUUCAGCACUACCAUAUAUAGAAGUCUCCUCGGUCUGCCCUCCGUUGCGAUGCGUAAUAACAGUUACACUA